AUGAGGUACGAAUGGACUGACGAUAAAGACGACGUGCACAUACUAUCCGAUCAAGAAAUAAGUUUGGAAGCGGCUACCUAUUGGAAUGACAGCUUUUACGUGAUUCGAAAUGGAGUUUUGGUAAAGGAAUUAUAUUGUUUUAGAUGUUUUGAUCAGUAAAGCGUCUUGCAGACAGUUGAAAGUUAUUGUAGAAGCUUUAAAAGGGUUUGUUUUAACUUUUUAUUGUUUUGUUUUUAGAGUAAAUGUCUGGACAAUGGAGAUCUGGAGCAAAUCGACACUCCAGCCAGCUUCAAAAGGCUCUAUGCUGGAAGUUCGCAUUUCUUAGCUGUGUCUAAGGAUGGAGAAUUAUAUUAUCAUGACAAAAACAUUGAUGGGUUUGUGUUACAAAAGGUUGUGUACAGUGGACAGCGUCAAACGUGCGAACAUGGCGUUCAGGGCGUUCCAAGGCAUGUUAUUCAUGAGGAUUUUGGUGUUUAAAAGACACAAACAUUUGCAAAAAUACAUUUUCUGAGGUUUCUAGAUAGCUGAGGGUCUAUACUACGUUAAUUUAAUUGGUUCGUUAAUAUAAAAUGGCACAUCUUACUGAAAACUUAAAUUAUAUUGUUUUAGAUCACUAAAACUCAAGUCAAUAUGUUUGACCGAGACUUCGGCUGUGUUUGUAUGUCAAGAUGGGCAAUUGUGGUCUUUCAGCAAUGCUGUUUUUGAUAACAAAACAGAAGUUGUUUAUGCUACGAAGAUUGAAUUGAACAAAUGUGCUUAUAAGAUACGACAACUUGUGGCUGGAAGGUAGGUACUCGCAUCGAAAUUUGAUGUUUUUAAAAGGUUUUUGGCUUGUUUUUUGAACUUUUAGGUAAUAUUAAUAUAUUUUUUUACUUUAUGGCAUAAAAAUGUUAUUGUAUAUACAUUUUUGUGGGUAAAACUAGUGUUUGAUGUUAUUUUAGGUAUCAACAAUCUUUUUUUUAUUAUAAAAUAAUUUUUUUUUAGAAAACACUGUGUAGCUUUGGUCGAUUUUGCUAGCGGAAGUAAUCAAAAUAAGUCUGAACGAGAAGUUGUGACCGAAUGUACAAAGUGUAGAGAUUUUGAAAGGUUAAGGCUAUCAACUUUGAUGGAAGCGGCUGAUGAGAAAUAUGCGACUAAAGAGGAAAAUGUAAGUUUUUUUUGACUUUAAUGUAACACAAUUGUCAAAAAUGGCCGGAGAGUCAUAUCGUUACAAAAUUUUAGGUUAAAGAAAUCUAAAACAAUAUAAUUUCAGAACGACGAAGUGCUGACCGAAACAUCAACGCCAAAACCAGGGCUAGACCGCUUUUUCUCAAGUUUUCGAAAUCCUUUUUUCAAGAAGUUGAGUGUACGAUCAAGGCCAUCACAGUCAAGAUGGUAUGCUAUGCCUACGGGAAGUUCGAGAACGUUCUCUGAUACCGACAAUAGUUCUGAGAAUGGUUUGAAUGGAAUUGAACUGUCGACUUGGCAUUCUUCUCAUCCGGCCAAUUCGAAUUCGCUUGGACUGAAUGGAAGUGUGGCUUUUAGUUUUGUUAGUCUGGAUAACCUGGUUUCUUCUUCUGGUAAGUGGGAUGCUGUAGACUUGGGUACGGCAGAGUGGGUUAGGGCACAAAGUGGGGUAAGGUAGGGAAAAGGAGAGUAGGGUUGGAUAGGGUAGGUAUGCCCGGAUAGGGUAAGGUAUGCUAACGUAGUGUAGGUUAGGAUAAGGCGUAGUAUGUUAGGGUAGAAAAAUCAAGUAAAAAGAUCAAGAUGAAUAUCGUAAUCUAAAAUUAUGUUAUUUUAGAUGACAGUUCAAUAGGCCAUGCUGAAACAGACCUUUCAACUUUGGAUCAGUCUCUACUUUCAAACAAUUUUCAUUCUUUUGUAUCGCCACAAGUGGCCAACACAUUCUGUGAAGUUUGGGCGUGGGGAGCUAACGAUCUGGGCCAACUUGGAGCUGGCAAUGCUGUUCCUACGUAAGAAUUUUAAAAAUUAAGUUAAUAAAAAAAUAUUGUUAUAGCCGAGUACCAAAGCGAGUCAAGAUUCCUCAAGGGCCGAUUAUCAAAAUUAGUGCUGGAUCUGAUCAUACUUUGGCACUAUUGAGCACAGGAGAGGUUUAUGGAUGGGGGUCGAACAAAAAUGGUCAAUUGAAGAUUGACAGUGCGGAAUUCAUCCCAGAGCCAAUAUUACUGAAGGUAAAGACAUUGAAUAGCAUUUUUUUAAAAAUGGUUUUUAAAAUUGACUUUGUGUUUGAAGUUGGGGUAUUUUUUUAAUUCUGAAUUGAAGGCAUGGCUAAAAAUGGCAUUAUAGACCUUAAAUUUAAUUUUUAAUAUUUUUUUACAAUUUCAACGUGUUAUUAUUAAAAAUUAUUUUAAAUUUCAAUUUUUAAUCAUUUUCCACUUUCAGCUAGGCUCAAAAGUCUGUGUAAUCGACGCCACAGCCGGUGGCAACGUCUCAACAGUCAUAUGCACGUCCGGUGACAAUUCCAAUGUCGUAGCCUGUCGCUUCUCGAAAGCCCAUUCCUCAUCGGCCAAUGGGGUAACAUCGCGAUUGGAUUGCCUAGAAAAACUGGGAUGCCCAUUGAAUAUAACAGCAUUCGAUGGUGGUAACAAGUUACUGGUCGGAUAUUUAAAGUCAGAUUGUAACAAGGUUGAAAAUGCAGUUCAGACAUUGAGUAAAGUGUUGUUAUCAGUGAGGUCGAGUUGUCAGUUGUCUCAAUUGGCUCAGAAUAUUAAGGAAAAAGGUUGGUUUUGGGGCUUUUUUGCUGUUUUGGGCCUGAAAUUAGGGUUUUUAGGCAUGUUUGAGAUUUUUUAGGCUUAAAAAAGUUGUUUUUGGUAUGUGGAAGGUAAUUUAAUACCUAAAAUGAAAUUUUUUUGAACUUUUUUAAAAUUAAAAAUUAAAAAAAUUUGAAAUUGAAACAAAAAUUUCAGCCGAGAGAGAACCCCUGAACAAUGUCAGUGGUACCCUGUGGCACUGGAGUGCGGUUUUGUCGAGAAUCGCGGAGCUAUUACUAUUUUCCGUGACAGUAAAUGGAUCAGUAGACUUGGUACCAUCUUCCACUUGCGAUUUGACUUUUGAUGUGACCGUAAAAGCCAUGUUGAAGAUGCAUUUUGCUAGAAUCGAUGCCAUCGCUCAGGGAUGCUUCCACGAUCUGAAUUUGCGGUGGGUUUUUAGAGUUUUGUUUUGGUUGAAGGGUACACCUACCCUCAAAGAGGUCGUUAGGGGUGGGGGGGGAAGAAUGGGGGUAGAUAUACCUCCCCUUUGCUCAGAAAAAACCUGUACGGACUUCUCUGCUUACUCUUCCUUUGGGUCCUAUUUCAACCUAUACCCUUCAAAAUGGGGUUGACGGCCUAUGCUGGCUGUUCCAUUCCUAAUACUGUAUCUUACAUUACUCUUCAUAUAGUAAAAGUAAUAUUUUAGUGAUGAAAUUAAGAAACAAGUUGAUCAGCUUUCAUUAGAACAUGAAACAGAAAGCACCAAAGAUUUCAAACGGUUAAUUGGACUGUUUGCCGUUCCCCAAAAGCACUUUUUGGCUCUACAUGGUGUUAUCAAUGCUCUUUUGGUACGUUUUUUAAGUACUAUUACUGUGUUUUGA